AUGGCAUCGCAAUCUUACGUCUUGGGGGUGGGAAUGACCCAAUUUCUUAAACCACGUCGCACUCGUGAAUACCCAGAACUCGGUUACGAGGCAGCAGUCAAAGCCUUAAUUGAUGCACAUAUCACAUACGAUGAUGUACAGGCAGGUGUAGCCUGCUAUUGUUAUGGCGACACAACUUCUGGUCAGCGGAUCAUGUACCAGCUAGGAAUGACGGGGAUUCCGAUUUACAACACCAACAAUGCAUGUGCCACCGGUUCUACUGGCCUUCAUCUUGCUCGCACUCUGGUCAAAGGAGGCCAGGCCGAUUGUGUCCUCGUUGUUGGCUUCGAACAGAUGCGCCCAGGGUCGAUCAAGAGUGUAUGGGACGAUCGGCCCAGUCCAUUGGGUCCAUCGACCAAAAUGAUGGAGGACACUUUCGGUAGACACCAGAGCCCUCGAAAUGCCCAGUACUUUGGAAAUGCCGGACAGGAGUACAUGGACAAAUAUGGCGCCAAAGCGGAAGAUUUCGCUGAAAUUGCCCGGGUGUCGCAUGAACACUCCCAAAGAAACCCGUACGCUCAGUUCCGAACUGCAUACUCUCUGGACCAAAUUUUAGACCCGAAGACGCAGAUCUAUGGACCCUUGACCAAGCUCCAGUGCUCCCCAACGAGUGAUGGCGCCGCAGCGGCCAUCAUUGUGUCCCAACGGUUCUUGGAUGCGCGUCCUCAUCUCGAAUCCCAGGCAAUUCUCAUGGCCGGCCAACAGCUGUUGACCGAUGGCCCAGAGGUAUAUUCCCGGAGCGCAAUAGACCUCGUCGGGUUCAAUAUGUCACGCCAAGCCGCGCAGCUGGCCAUGCAGGAGGCUGGUGUCGGAGCAAAAGAUAUCAAGGAAAGGCCCACGAGAUGGUUCGUCGGGGGGGAUAUCACAUAUGGCGGUCGCGGCCUAGUCGUCAACCCAUCUGGCGGGUUGAUCUCAAAAGGUCACCCUCUAGGGGCCACAGGGCUGGCUCAGUGUGCGGAGCUCACAUGGCAGCUCCGCGGUUGGGCCAACAAUCGUCUGGUGUCCGGUACUGAUGUCGCCUUGCAGCACAAUCUCGGGUUGGGGGGAGCAGUGGUGGUAACUAUAUAUAAGCGAGCCGAUGGACAGGUCAGCCGUCCCAUUGCAGAUGAAGAUAUCAAGAGGGUUUCUGGUUUGGAAUAUAAUCCUGCAGUCGAAGCUCGGUAUAUCACCCCUCAGGACGGUGAACGCGUCCGCAGCAAAACAAAACGUCACAAGUAUCCGCUCCAAGAAACGGUCGAGAAGCUCAAAGCGCGCAUCUAA